CGAAAACGUCGCCAUUUUAUUUGUUUAUAUUUUCACUUCGAAGGAACUUUUUUAAUAUCCGUUGAUUUGACUGUUUUACGACAAAAUUAAUCCAAAAACAAAGAUGAGCCUGGACCAGAUCUCCCUGAACUCUUUCCUCCCCCUCCUGGUGGAAUCUCUCUUCCUGUCCUCCUCCGUGGCUGUGAUCCUCAUCGACUGGAACUACAGUUUCCUGGAAAUGUCCCUCCUGAGGAUGCUCCAGAGUUACCUCCCUCUCUGGAGGAGGAGAAACAUCAGACAGGAUGUAUACAUCUGCCUGGUGAUAACAGCACUGGCUAUUAUGUACAACAACUGUAUGAAAAACUUCGCCAUCAAUUCAGAGAACUGUAGAAUAGCUCUGACUGUCAUAGUCGUUCUGCUGUCAUUUUGGCUUCAGAGUAAAAGAAAUAAAAAGAAUGUCUCAGAUAAAUGUGUAGGCACCUCAAAUUCUCCAGUUUCCAAUGAAUCAGUCAAAGGAUCCCCAGUAAAACACAAGAACCAGGAAACCAGUGGCUCCACCUGCCUUGAGGCUGGGACAUCUCAGCACUCUCUGUCCCAUUCCUCCUCACAGGAGGACUCCGGCCUCUCCCUGGAUGACUGUUCUGAAGAUUCCCCUCACACUGCAGUGGAGAAGAAGGGGUAUAGUUCAGAGGAUUUAAAGAAAUUGUGGGAUAAAUGCAUGAAGAGCAACAGUUUUCAUCCUUCUCCUGAAGAGUUUAAAGCCAUACAACAUGACUAUAAAGGUAUAGUGCAAUUGGAGAGGGAUGUAGAAGUGAAGGACAGAGAAAUAGAGGAAAAGGAUCGAGAGAUGGAGGAAAAGGACCACGAGAUAGAGGAGACAAAGAGGGAGGUGGAAGAGAAAGACAGGGAAAUAGAGGAGACAAAGAGGGAGGUGGAGGAAACAAAGAGGGAGGUGGAGGAAACAAAGAGGGAGGUGGAGGAAACAAAGAGGGAGGUGGAGGAGAAGGAUCAGCAGAUGGAGGAGACCCGUCAGGAGAUGGAGGAGACCCGUCAGGAGAUGGAGGAGGCAUUGGAAAUAUCAAUGAGAGUGGUGGAGGAGACCACACAGGACGUGACAAAUAGCCAGCAAGUCAUACAACAGAAGGACCAAGCCUUACAACAGAAGGAUGAAGCCUUACAACAGAAGGAUGAAGCCUUACAACAGAAGGAUGAAGCCUUACAACAGAAGGACAGGAUGUUGUCUCAGAAGGACAUUCUACUGCAGCAGGAGAGACUGAGAGUCCGAGAGCUAGAGUGGAGCCUUGAGUUGGAGUUGCAGAGAAGACUGGAGGCACUGGAGGAGGAAAUUCGUCGACUGUCUGCCCAGUCUGACCGCGCCAAGUGUAAGAUCUGCCUUGUCCAGGAAGUGCAGGUUUCCUUCAUUCCCUGUAAUCACUUAAUCUCAUGUCAGGGAUGUGUGGACAGACUGCCAGAGAGAGUGUGUCCUAUCUGUAGGGAAGACAUUGAGGGUACAGUCAACAUGUUAUUGGCGUAAAGAGGGAAGGUGAAUAGUGUACCUUACUGCAGCAACCAAAUAUCUGUUUGAUUGUCCUCUUAUUUGGUUUUCAUAUUUUUUGUAGUUGACAUUAGUUUCCGGAUGGGAGUGUACAAAUACAAAGCUUUUGUUUUUAACUAAUGUUGAAUGCAUGAGAGAAAAAAAAGACUUCAAUGUAAAUAGAUUUUAUUAUGAUUUUUUAAACUAAAAAGCUUUUGAAAAAAUUCUUAUAAUAUUUUUUUCUUAC